AUGUCUGCAGCCGGGCAGCGGUACCUCUUCGACAUCUCCAGCCUGCCCGAGGCGGAGGAGGUGACGAGCGCGGAGCUGCGGGUCCUGCGCUCCCUCCCCGAGAACAGGAGCUUGGCCCUGUCCCCCGAAGGCACCUUCCACCACCUCCUGCUCUCCACCUGCCCCGGCCGGGACGGCGAGGAGCCCCGGCUGUUGGACUCCCGGGCUGCGGACGCUUUGGACACCGGCUCCUCCACAUGGGAGGUGUUUGAUGUGUGGGAAGCCCUGCGGGAUCGGAAGGAGAAAUCGCCCUCAGGAAAGCUGCUGUGCUUCCUGCUGCGGAUCGUGUCGGAUCAGUCGGGACGGCUCCUACCCCCCCGGCAGCUGGGCUUCAGCAAGCCCCGGCCGCAGCCCCACGAGAGAGCCCUGCUCGUCGCCUUCUCCCGCACGCAGAGGAAGGAGAACCUCUUCAAGGAGAUCCGGGAUAAGAUCAAGGCCCUGGGCAGCCCCCCGCUCCUGGAGCCCCCUGAUCCCAUCCGGGAGGCGCACUCCAAGCGGAGGAGGAGACGGACCACCAUCGCCGCCCGCUCCGGGGGCAAAGGCCAUGGGAAGAAGGCGAAGACCCGCUGCAGCAGGAAGCCCCUGCACGUGAAUUUCAAGGAGCUGGGCUGGGACGACUGGAUAAUCGCCCCCCUGGAUUACGAGGCGUAUCACUGCGAGGGGGUGUGCGACUUCCCCCUGCGCUCCCACCUGGAGCCCACCAACCACGCCAUCAUCCAGACGCUGAUGAACUCCAUGGACCCCGAGUCCACCCCGCCGAGCUGCUGCGUGCCCUCCAAGCUCAGCCCCAUCAGCAUCCUCUACAUAGACUCCGGCAACAACGUGGUUUACAAACAGUACGAGGACAUGGUUGUGGAGACCUGUGGCUGCAGGUAGCAAUUUUGGUGGCUUUCCCUUCCCCUCCCCAAACACUCUCUAACA